UGGAGCGGCCGUCCAGAGCGGGACUACGGCGCCGCGCUAUCCGCGAAAUCCGCACAGAAAUCGGUUAAUAGUCGAGAGAUUGAACUACUAAUCUAAAAUUACUCUGCAGUUGAAACUUAUGCGAGCUGGUAUCAAAGAGUAAUGGAAUAUGUGCCGUCAACCUGGUACAGAAUUACCAAGAAACAAUCCUUGAUAAUAGAUGAAAAUCAAAUGAUAGUGAAUGUUGAAAAUAACGCUCAAGAGGUUAUAAAACGGGAAUCAUAUUAGACUUCCUGCCAUACAUUACUCUUCACUGCCAGAACAGCCUUCGCUUCAGUGGUGCACUAUUUUGUCUCGUUCGUAGCCUCUAGUUGUGUUUGCAGGAGUCGAUCUACAGUUCCUGGUUCCGCCUUUUUGACUCUUAUUGACCAGAUUUACUGAUCCCUGGCCUCCAGGGUCUUAUUAUAUCUACUCUUGAAACUUUAUUGAUCACCUAGUGCAAGGCUGUGUGAAGGACUGAUAAAAGUGAGCUUGGCAAGCACAUAAGUUAUGGAAAUAUCACACGGUUCGGCCCUGAGACUAAGAUUGCUGGCGUUGUGUGGGAAAAGUUGAAUGUUCAAGUGUUGUUACUAAUGCUGAACUCCAUCAAGUAAGGCCUACACACCAAUUAUUAAGAUAAUCCGUAAACUAAUAUAGAAAGUUUGUUACUGACUUAGAAGUUGAAGUAAUGUAGCUAAGAAAAUUUAUAGUGAAAGCGGUUGAUUAAGAAUAACAUCAAAUUUGUUGCUAUAUCAAUGAUGUAAAUCACAGUACAGUGUUUUAAAUGUGUGUGAUUUAGUAGCUUGAAAAAAUAUGUGCAAUAACUUGAAUAUUAAUUAAGAGCGCAGUGUGUUAAGUCUACCUUAAUGCAAGUGACUUAGCAUUGCAGUGUAGCUAGUCUUUAAAUAAUGUGAAGGCUUUUGUGUGCGUAUUGCUUUUGUGUAAGUAUUAAGCUCACUAACCAGAGUCCUUGGUGAGUUACAGGCAGGCAUGAUAAAGUGUAAACAGGGGUGGUAGUUGGGCCAGUGUUGCAGCUCUUGUACCCACACAACACCUAUCUUGUACUCAAGGUGUGGCUGGAGUAGUGUUGCAGCUCUUGUACCUCUCACAGCAUCUUUCAUCUUGUACUCAAGGUGUGGCUUGAGUAGUGUUGCAGUUCUUGUAUUUCACACAUUACCUAUCAUCUUGUACUCAAGGUGUGGCUGGGGUAGUGUUGCGGUUCUUGUAUGUCACACAACGCCUAUCAUCUUGUAUUCAAGGUUGAACCAAACCUGAAUCUUGUUUAUAUUUCCCCUAGCUAUUUUAAGCAUGUCUUGUUGGUAGGCAGCCAGGCCAAGUGACAUGCUUGAGUGAGGCCUUGAGUCAAGUGUCUUACUCAAGUGUCUCCUUAUGGGAAAUGUGUGAGACAAGUGAGUGAACCAAGUUACAACUCAAGAAAUAUACUCUGAAUUGUAUUACACUAAGAGACCUUCCGAAUGUGAUGAAGUACAGGGAAACUUUACAUAAAAGUAAGACGUUUUUACAUUAAAUUCCUCCAUUAAUUAUUACUCAUUUUGAAAUAUAAAAUAAGUGCAAAAAACGCCCGUAGAACAAUAUUUUAAAUAAAAUAACCAAGAGUAAAUUAUUUAUGCUAUAAAUGUCGUAUAAUGAACCUUAAGUGACAAAGAAGUAAAUUUUGUAGAAAAGACAAAUGUCUGAAACUCCACGAACUGGGUUGUGUUUUAUCCUUGUGACAGUGGUAGAGGUAAUUAAGAGGUGACACAGCGGAAGACCCGGUGUCUAGCUGUGUGCUGUGUGCGGUCCAACGCUCUGCACAUCUCUUUUGCAGCCGCGGGGAGGUGCCAGGACCUGCGGGCGUGUCUGCACUCCCAGCAGGAUACUGUUAGAACACUCAUUACCUGUUGAAAUCACAGCAGCGGCGGUGGUGACCGUUGUGAAGAUAACGGCUGUGCUUGACCAUUGUGAAGAUAGUAACGGUAGUGCUGGCCGUUGUGAAGAUAACGACGGUGGUGCUGACCGCUGUGGAGAUAACAACGGAGGUGGCGGUGCUGGGCGCACACCAACGUCGUGAUGCUGCUGUUCAUGGUGCUACCCUCCAGACUCCCCAGCUUUGUACAUAUCUGCCUUCUUCAGGAGGGGAUGCUGGAGGGUGUGUCGCGUCGUGCCUUCGGAGGGUCGUCGGGGACGUACAACGUGAGAGCCUCGGAACUGGCGCGACACAAGGCCCUCAAGACGCUGCGGGUCCAAGUUGCCCUCCUCGACGACUCCACCCAGGUCUUCGAGAUAGAGAAACGUGCUAAGGGCCAGGCGUUGCUAGACUUGGUCUUUAAUCAUCUGGAGCUCAUCGAGAGAGACUUCUUUGGUCUACAGUACAUUGAACCCGCCACCAGCAACGAGAACCCCAGAAGAUGGCUCGACCCCCUCAAGCCUGUGAAGAAACAACUUGCAUCAGGGGCCAAGACUCUGGGAACUUGUGGACUUCCGGUGCUGUACUUCCGUGUAAAGUUCUGGGUGAGCGAUCCUGGGAAGCUGACGGAGGAAUACACGCGCUACCAUGUCUUCCUGCAAUUACGGCGAGAUAUACUGGAGGACCGUCUUGGUGCCCAGCCUUCCACUGCUGCCCUGCUCGCCUCCUACGCCCUCCAAUCUGAAGUAGGUGACUAUUGUCUGGAGGAACACGGUAAUGCAUACCUAGCAGACAUGAGGCUUGUUCCCAACCAGACAGAGGAUCUCGAGAAAAAAAUUAUAGAGCUUCAUAAACUCCACAAAGGGCAGACUCCAGCAGAUGCCGAGUUCAAUUUCUUAGAUCAUGCUAAGCGGUUAGAUCUCUAUGGCGUUGAUCUGCACAAAGUUAGGGACUCGACCAACCGCGAGAUACACUUGGGUGUAACUGCGAUCGGUCUGGUAGUGUUCCAGAAUGCUAUAAAAAUAAAUACAUUUAGCUGGGCCAAAAUUGUAAAGAUUUCUUUCAAGCGGAAACAGUUUUUCAUUCAGCUUAGAAGAGAACUGACAGAGCAGACUGACAGUAAGCCAGACCCAAGUUCAUUUCUUCAAAUUGUCAAGAAAAGACUCUAUAAAAAGUCGGAGAAUUAUGACAGCGUGUUGGGUUUCAACCUUGCCUCCUAUCGGGCAUGCAAGUGCCUUUGGAAAUCCUGUGUUGAGCAUCACACAUUCUUCCGACUACACACGCCCAGAACUCCUGCAAGAAAAAAUCUCUUGACUUUGGGCAGCAAAUUUCGUUACAGUGGACGCACAGAGUUUCAGACUGUGGAAGACUGCAAAAGAAGGGCAAGAGUUGAACGUACAUUUGUUCGGUCGCCGUCCAAAAGGUUUGCACGCCAGACUGUGCCAACCCCAAGUGAUUUAGGCCGUAAAGCUAGAUCGGGCUCAGGAUCUUCUCUACGGCCUCGGACAGACUCCUCAGGAUACAAAGUUACUUCCCUCCAAGGUGCAAAAACUCCCAAGAUGGCAUGGGGUGAAGCACAAACACCUGAAGAUGAGACUGGGCUUGCUGAUCGCGAGGAUGUUGAUCGUGGUGUGGGCGUGGGUGAGGAGGGCGUGGGCGUGGCACGCCCCUUGGCCCCGCCCCCAGCACCACCUUCCACCUCGUCAUCGUCCGCCUCGUCAGGAGAGAGUGACGUGGGUGCCUCUCCUUCCCCAGAUCACCAGCCGGGGGGAGGAAGCGAGGAGAGCGCCCACGGCCUUGUCACCAUCAGGAUGAAGCCUGACGAAGGUGGCAAGUUUGGCUUCAACGUCAAGGGCGGCGCUGACCAGAACCUGCCCGUCCUGGUGUCCAGAGUAGCGCCCAAUACCCCUGCAGACAGGUGCUACCCGAGGCUCAACGAAGGUGAUCAG